CACCGACCAGACGAUCUGGUACACCUUCUCAUGCGUCUCGAGGCGCUUGCGUUUCUCCUGUGGUGGCACGUCGCCGACGCCGUCUGGGGCGUGGCCUACAGCUUUCCCAGCGGCGAUCUCGAUCGCAUUCACAAGGACCUGCACCAGAUCCAGACGGCGUUCGCGUCCCUUCGCACCAACCAAGUGGUCGUCAACACGUUCGACGGCCCGCGCAACGUCCUCGCCCUCGCAGCCGCGCACAACCUCAGCGUCACCCUCUCGCUGCCCAUCCACAAGCGACCGCUCUACAACGCUUCGAUCGAAGAAGCGAUACGCGGCGCCAGUGCCCACCCCGGUACCCUGCGCGCGCUGUACCUCGGGCAGCACCCGGGUCUCUCCAAGGUACCGUGGCGAGCGCUGUUUGCCGAUGCGCGCCGCCGCCUCGACGCCGCGGGCCUCGCCUCUGUGUCCGUCGGUGUCCUCCAGUCCGACACGGCGCUGCUCGCCAAUGCAUCGGACGUCGCCGACGUCGACGUCCUCGGCGCUAUCGUCCAGCCCUUCUUGAGUGGCGCGUGCGUUGAUGCAGAGGCCGGGGCGAUGGCGUUUCGAGAACGUGCUAACGCGCUACGUGCGGAGUUUGGCGCCAAAGUCGACAUGACGGUGACGGGCUGGCCAGCGUCGUCGGGCGCACUCGCCCACGGUUGCGCUGCGUUCAGUGUGGCUUCGGCCAGCGCGUACUACAUGUCGAUCCAAGCCUGGCACCGCGCCAAUUCGAGCGAAUCAGCUGUGUACUACGAAGCGUUUACGGACGCGAGUUCGUUCGACUUUGGGCUGACAACCUCCAGCGGACACUGGAAGUUUGAAGUCGCCGGGCCGCUCCCAAGUGAGACACCGUCGCCGAUAACAGACUUGCCACCGUCACCGUCACCGUCUCCAACCAGCGAUUCUGGUAGUACCAGCCCGGUAUGGAUCGUGUGCAUCGGCCUCGUGCUUGUCCUCGCACUCUACGCAGUGCUCGUCACGCUCGCGGGCCGGCGAAAAGGCCAGCGCCACCUCUUUGAUACCUCGGCGGGUAUUGCGAUCGCGUCCCUUCGAUGA